GCUAAUGACGGUUAUGGUACUUUUUUUUUUAUUUUAUGUGGUAGUACAUUGUCUUUACUUGACUUUUUUGCCUUUGUCUGUAUAGGGGCUUGAUUUUGUGUAGUGUGUAGUAAGCUAUUUUUUUUCUGGUCCAUCUAUAAAAAUUUAUACUUUAGGCAUAUUAACUCAAUUAUAAUAAUAACACAUGGAAUAGUAUAAAUAUACGUGUGUGUUUCGUGAUAAUUUCAAUAAUUACGAGACAUAUUCAGUUAAUAUUAAAACCAACUUGGCAGGAAUGGCAUUAUUGGAAUCGUUUAGAAAACGAUUUACCAAUAAUCUCGAAUCUCAUCAAAUUGAUGAUGAUUAUACCUUGCCAAGCCGUCAUAAUGCAUCUAGUACUUCAAUAAGUUUAAAUGGUAGUAGUAAUGGAACCAAUGGUACUCAUAGAAACAAUAACAAUGAUGGUACUAAUGAUAUUUCAUAUAAUGGUCGAGGACAAUUUGAUCCUGAUGAAACAGUUCCAUCUUAUGAAACUUCACAAUAUUUACACCAACAUCAAUAUGGACUGCAUCAUCUUCAUCAACAACCUCAUUCAAUUCCUCCCUCCACUCAUAUAUCAAGGAAUUCUUCAUUAGUAUCAACUGAUAUAGUCUUUGGAGAUGCUCAUUAUUCAGCAAUUCCAUUACCUCCAUCUUUAACAGCAUCACUACCAUUAUCUUCACCACCAUCUAUUCCACCACCUCCACCACCUCCAGCACAACAUUUAGCACCUCCUAUACCGACAAGUUCAUCAGCCAUUGUGGCAAAUUCAAGAAAAAAUGAAUAUAAAAAAUCUUCAUUAAAACAAUUAGGAUUAAAAUUUCUUAAUGCAAGACAACAUUUUGCUCUUGCUUUAUCAAGAGAUGUAUCAUUAUUACCUCCAUUAAUUGGUUUAGUUCAAUCAUGGAAAAGAUUAUUUGAUAAUAAACCACCAGUUAUAGAUGAGAAUCAAGAAUUAGUUAAAUCAUUAACUAGUGCUAGAGUAAGUGAACAUUUCUUAACUGGAUUAUGGUGUAUUGUUGCAGCAUAUUUAUCAUAUUCUGUAUUAGAUGGAUUAAUUAUUCGAUGGAUUGUUAUUUAUCUGACUCCAGCUGCCAUUGUAAGGGUAUUAUCUAUGUCUGCUAUAAUCAUGACAGCUGAACAAUAUCUAGUAUCUUCAUUUUCAGCAAAUGGUUAUAAAUAUGGCCUUCAUAUUUGGAUCUUAAUAAGUUGUUGCUUAACCCUCGCUUACAUUGUUCAGAAUUUUGUCACUUCAAAUAUAGAAUUGAAAAAAUCAAAUUCUUCAUCAACAUCACAAUCUCAUUUAUCAAAUUCUGGUUCGAUACCUCAAGAUUCUAAUACAAUUCCUUCUCAAACAGGUUCAAGCUCGACCUCAACAUCUUCAUCUACAUCAGCAACAGUAUCAUAUACUAAUGGUUCAGUAGAUUACAAGGCAAGAGCUCGUUUCUUUGAUUUCUAUAACAUUGUAGUAUUUGCUGUUGUUCCUGUUGGAUUAGCAAGUUUUAUAACUAUGAUUGGAUUAUUGAGAUCAUUAUUAAUUUUACGGAUCGAUAUAGACGAGAGUUUCUCAGGUCAUCUCUGAGUUAAUGAUUCUCAUUGAUCUUGUUCAUACCAAAUUUUAUUUCUAUUUACUCUUCGGAUCCGAGGAUCCUCUUUUGUUGUAAUUCUAAAUAGUUUUACACACUAAUUAAUUUUAAUAUUUGGGUUGAUUGUUUUAUAGGAAUAGACAUCUUUGCAUUAUUUUUGAAUUUCGCAG